AUGAGAGGAUGGUUAUACAAUUUGGUUCUAUUGACAUUUAUUGUGAUAAUUAAUUCAGAUGAGAGGAGUGAUACAAUUGAAUGGAUUGACCAAAUAAGUGAAGUUAAUUUGACAAUUUCCUUGGUUACCAAUAUAACUGCAGUCGAUAUAAUCGUUUAUCCGGCUUUUUACUUUAUCCAUGAACAAUCAACAACAUCCAACUUGGAAUCUGAUUUAACCUCCAUGAAAAAUAAUCUCGUUUACAUGAAUAAAAUAUUAUCCAAGACAGGAAUGAUUUCAUAUGUCAGAGGAUUUUCCUAUGUGCCCAAAUUUCCGGAAUCUUUGGUCAAUGUAAGCCACAGAGAAUUCGAUCGUUGGGUUGAUUUUAAACUACGAGAUAUUUGGAAGGAUCAAAUUGAUGGUAUUACCAUUAUGGUUAUCGUUUUAUACAAUAGGCCUCGGUCACUUAAUGCCGUGAGGAUGAGAUUUUGUGAAGAAAAUAGAAUGCCGUUAUUCGUUUGGAGUUAUAAUCAAACAGGCAAACCAUAUUCGAUGGGAGAUGAUAUAUUGAUUUCAUUAUUCAACAUAAUCAGUUGUGGAAAAACAUGUAACUACGGUGGCGGUCCUGUUAAUUGUGAGGUUUUGGAGUAUGAUUCGUUUAUCAAUCAAAAACCCGAUCUGUUUAAAUGUAUUGGCGAAUAUCUGUACGAAAGAAACUAUACCUGUGGAAGGUCAAUUCCAGAAGAUGUGGCCUUGCCCGUUUGUGGAAAUGGCCUAAUAGAGGGUAAAGAGCAUUGUGAUUGCCUCGAAGUCGCUAAUUGUCCGGCAGAUUGUAAUUAUUUCACUUGUUCCAAGCAAUUGAUACAAGAUAAUUGGAUGAGUCGAUAUUAUGUUCUGAUCUAUUCGGCUUCGUUUAUUGCGGGAAUUGUACUUUUCUCCAGUAUGUUGAUAUUUUUUUACACUCGUAUUCCGUUGAAGAAAAACUCUAGCCUCUCUAUUGCUCUCGGAUCGUCUUUUACUGAGGCCAGAUUUGUAGUUCCACCUUCACAAAAUAAAACGAAACGUAAAAACUCACGAAUUCAAAGGAAACUUAAAAGUAGCAUUUUAACCGACCCCACGGUGAAAAAGUCCAAGUCCAAGAUAUUACCUGAUCUAUCACCCAAUAUUGACCUUUCGAUUCAGAAAAUUAAAUCGAUCACUGGACCAUCGAAAAGCAAAUUAAACCUGUCGAGUUCAAUUUAGACUCGAAAUCGUCUACGUUUGUUAAGAUUUUAGGUUAUAGUGAGAAAACUUUACCGAUGCUCGAAUUAAGUGACAAGGUACCGAAGAAAAGUUCAUCCGAAUUCUUGUCGCUGGGCAAAGGUGACCUGAAGAUUUCUAGUAAACUUUUGAGUACCAAGAGUAAAUUAACUCGA